UGCUAGGUUAGCUUGUUUGUUGCUCUCGCGUCGCUAUGAUUUCGAGCAAAUGCGAACGGCACCUCAUAACCUAAUGCUACCAAUACCCCCGUCCAUUGCGUGGUCAGAAUACUCGGCCUUGUGCCAUGGCCACUGAUCCCCCAAUCUCUGCCACUUUGGUGUUGGCUACAGUGUAGUGAUUUUUCGGCUUCCCGCCGUACGGCAUUGACUGAAUUGCAUACGCCAAUCUCGUGAGGGCCAUGGUGAGGCUAUGCUUCGGCUGGCCAUGCAGUAUUUACCCCGCAUUUCUACGUCGAUUAAUGCUCGUACAAUUAAUUACAUGUUGGCGAGGCUGUCUCGGUCUACUGCGUUUUGUUCCACCGACUACCUCGUGUAGAAUGUUGAUUCGGUCUUUAUAUCACGGCGAUUCAAUCCACACUACGCCGUAGCAGUUAUCCCGAUCUACUCCACUAUGCGACUCUUACAGCGCCGGCCGGACGGCACGCUAAAGCUCACGGCGGAAAUCACCGACGAUAUUCCCCCAUACGCUAUUCUUUCUCAUACCUGGGGUGCGGACGAGGAUGAAGUCACAUUUGCUGAUAUCACAAACGGCGCUGGCCAUCACAAGGUGGGAAAUCAAAAGAUUCAGUAUUGCGGCCGCCAAGCUGCUCUCCAUGGUCUGGAGUACUUCUGGGUGGAUACUUGCUGUAUUGACAAAUCGGACAUCACAGAACUCUCUACGGCUAUCAACUCCAUGUUCCAAUGGUAUAAAUCUGCCACGAGAUGUUAUGUCUACUUGUCUGAUGUCAACAACAGUGGAUCAGGUCUACGGAAAAGCCGAUGGUUCACUCGGGGCUGGACGCUCCAAGAACUUGUCGCACCCAUGUCUAUCGAGUUCUUUUCAUCCGGAUGGCACCGCCUGGGAGAUAAGCAGUCACUCGAGGCAGAGAUUCGACAGAUAACGGGCAUUUCGGUCGAGGUGCUCCGCGGGCGCCGUCUGUCAGAUGUAAGCGUGGUUGAGCGGAUGUCAUGGCUGACAAAACGUCAAACAAAACUCCCGGAAGACAUGGCCUAUUGUGUCCUCGGUAUCUUUGAUGUGUAUAUGCCAUUCAACUACGGCGAGAGGGAGAAUGCCUUCCGCCGCUUACAAGAGGAGAUUGACAAGAAAGGGAAGGUCGGGACGGAAUUGCCGCUUCAACUAGAAAACUAUACGCAAGGAGUCUGCUCAAGCAACGUGGAGACAUCACCUCGUCCGUUGGCUAUGAUACCCUUUAGCCGCGAUGCAGACUUCGUCGAGCGAGGUGCCAUCCUCGAUCAAAUCUGCCAAAGACAUACUAAACCAGAUUCCUGGACUGCGCUGGUCGGUUUAGGGGGCGUUGGAAAAUCCCAAAUCGCCAUCGAAUAUGCAUACCGAACCCAAGAUCGAUCCCCUGACACGUGGGUGUUCUGGGUGCACGCAAGCAACGCGGCUCGAUACGAACAGAGCUUUCGGGAUAUCGCCAACUGCGUGGAAAUCUCUGGGCGAAAAGACAAAAAUGCCGACAUAUUUCAGCUCGUGCACGACUGGCUACAUGCUAGGAAGAGGAAGUGGAUCCUCAUACUGGAUAAUGUUGAUGACGCCAGCUUCCUUCUCGACACUCCCAGCACUGGGCAAAAUAGGCAAGCAAAUGCUAUUAACGAUAGAGCUUCGCGACCAUUGAAAUCUUACCUCCCGCAUUGUACCAAUGGGUUUGUCCUCAUCACUUCCAGGAGUAGUGACGUGGCACGAAAGUUAGUAGAAGGCAGCGCCAUCAUCGCCGUCGGACCCAUGGCGAAAGAAGACGCGGUGGCGCUAAUUCGCAAGAAGUUAUCACCACAAGAAGAUGAUGGUAGCUUUGACGAGCUCGCAACAGCGCUUGAGUUUAUGCCAUUGGCCAUUGUUCAAGCAACGUCUUAUAUCUCUCAUCGCGCAUCGCGUUGCUCAGUGCGACAAUAUUUGAAACUGUUUCAAACCAAUGAUCGUAAGAAGGAAAGUCUCUUAAAUCGGGAGGGAGGAGAACUCCAGCGAGACCCGGAAGCCAAGAAUUCUAUCAUCGAUACAUGGCAGAUAUCGUUUAACCAUAUCCGCCAGACAAGACCUUCCGCAGCGGACUUGCUCUCGCUUAUGAGCUUCUUCGACCGGCAAGGCAUACACGAGAGUCUGCUCCGUACUAUCCCAGAAUGCAGGGAGCAGAGUGAUGACGGAAGUGAUGGCAAAAGUAACAACCAAAAUGAAAGUAAUGAUGACGACAUCACAUCACGAUCGAGUUUGGCUGAAGUCUUUGAGGACGACAUCGUUACGUUACGAGACUACUCGUUCAUUUACCUGGGUGAGGACCCAACGAGCUUUACAAUGCACAAUCUCGUACAGCUCGCGACACGGAAAUGGCUCAGGGAAAAUGGGCACCACGAAAGAUUCCAGCAACAGUUUCUUCGAAACCUGAAUAAAGAGCUCCCUAAUGGAGAGUAUGAGAACUGGCUGACGUGUCAGCUACUCUUCCCGCACGUGAAAAUGGCCGCAUCACACAAGCCUGAAAGAGACUUGGAUGACUGGGCUUCAGUACUUUAUAAAGCAGCGUGGUACUCAUGGAGAAUAGGGAAUGGCAUUGAAGCGGAGGAGAUGGCGUUUCAGGCGAUGAAAGAAAGAAAAAGGUUGUGGGGUAUUGGACACGAAGACACAUUAGAUGCCAUGGCAUUAGUUGGUUUGGUUUUGAAAUUCCGGGGCCGAUGGAAUGCCGCGGAGAAGCUAGAGGUGCAAGUGAUGGAGAUGAGCAAGACGAAGCUCGGAGCGGACCAUCCAGUCACGUUACGUAGUAUGGCCAACCUGGCGUCGACGUACCAGGAUCAAGGCCGAUGGGACGCUGCGGAGGAGCUAGGGGUGCAAGUGAUGGAGACUCGCAAGACGAAGCUCGGAGCGGAUCAUCCAGACACGCUAAGUAGUAUGGCCAACCUGGCGUCGACGUACCGGGAUCAAGGUCGAUGGGACGCUGCAGAGGAGCUAGGGGUGCAAGUCAUGGAGACUCACAAGACGAAGGUCAGAGCGGACCAUCCAGACACGCUACGUAGUAUGACCAACCUGGCAUCGACGUACUGGAAUCAAGGUCGAUGGGGCGCUGCAGAGGAGCUAGAGGUGCAAGUGAUGGAGAUGAGCAAGAUGAAGCUCGGAGCGGAUCAUCCAGAUACACUACGUAGUAUGAAUAACCUUGCUUCUACAUGGAAAGAUCUAGGUAAAGGUAAUAAGCCUUUGAGAUUAAUGGCAGAAUGUAUAAGUCUUAGGCAACGUAUUAUAGGAGUUAGUCAUCCUUUUACGCUUACUUCUAUUAGUACAUUGACUAGAUGGGAGUCAGAGGAGGCAACAGCCUUGGAGGCGAAUAAGAUAUUGGAGUCGAUAUUAAGGGGUUAUAACAAAUUCAUGGUAAGGACAGCUGUUAAUAAGCCUACUACUAGGAGACAUAGUGUGUAAAACUGAAUUACUGUGCGGGAGCCAAAAUAGGCCUUUUAACCUUUU